AUGAAUAUCAUGAAGGAUGCCAUCUCCGAGGCGGUAAAAAGUGUCCAAUCUUCGAGGAAGAUAACAGGACUUGAGUAUGAGGACCUUUGCAUGCACCCUGACUUGGAAAUACCCGAAGGUUACAAAAUUCCAAAAUUUGAAACCUUCAAUGGUAUUGGGAACCCUAUGGCUCACCUACGAGCUUAUUGUGAUAAACUCGUGGGUAUCGGGAAAAAUGAUGCAUUGAUUAUGAGGUUGUUUAGUCGAAGCCUCAGCGGGGAGGCGUUAGAAUGGUUCACAUCUCAAGAACUCCGUCAGUGGUCUACAUGGGGGGCUCUGGCCAAAGAUUUCUUGGAGAGAUUCCAGUUUAAUGUCGAAGCUGUCCCUGACAGAUAUUAUUUGGAAAAAAUCAAGCAAAAGUCCACGGAGGACUAUCGUGAAUAUGCGUGCCGCUGGAGGAAAGAAGCUGCAAAGGUACAACCUGUGAUGACUGAAAACGAAAUAACCUCUGCUUUUAUUCGAGCUCAGGAGCCCGAGUAUUAUGAAAGGAUGUUGCCUAUGAUGGGACAAAAGUUUUCGGAGCUGAUCAGAAUGGGAGAAGCAAUAGAAGAUGGCCUCAAGUCUGGAAAGGUUACAAGUCUCACUGCCUUGCAGGCCGCCAACAAAUCCUCACCAUCCAUGGCAACAGGAUUCGCUAGGAAAAAGAAAGAGGACGUGUCUGCUGUAUCUUUUAGCCCGAGGCCAAGGCCGCAAAGGUAUUUUGGGUCUGGUUCUGCCAUUGGAAACUCCAACCGAUUCCCCACCUCAAAUAUUUACCCACCAUCUCCACAAGCUCCAAUCCCAAUCUACUAUGCACAACAGAACUACCAAGCACCACCGCCCAUCUACCAAAAUCAACCACUAACCUACCAAAAUACACUACCAAAUCACCAAGCCAAUUCACCAGUCUACCAAAAUCCCGGACAAAACAACCCAAAUGCCAACAAUCUACCCCGUCCUAACCUUGAAAGAAAGCCUCCCAGAGUUUUCACUCCUUUGGCAGAAACACGUACCCAACUCUUUGAGCGUCUAAGAGCGGCAGGAUUGAUCCAACCAGUAGACGCAAGGGCAAUUAAUCCCACAACAAAGUUCUUCCGAGCAGAUCAACGUUGUGCGUACCAUUCUGGAGGGGCAGGACAUGAUACAGAAGGAUGUAUCAAUCUGAAACAUAAGAUUCAAGACUUGAUCGAUAACAGGGUCAUCACUCUCCAAGCCCCUGCCCCCAAUGUGAACCUUAACCCAUUGCCGAAUCAUGGAGUAGCUACCAUCAACAUGAUUGAAAGAGACGAAGAUUGGCUUACUAAUGGGAUUAUCGGUGAAGCAGCUGUCAACUCACUUAUACCAACAGUGGCCUCAUUGACCAUAAAGGCCCGUCCAGAGUUUGUUGUAAUAACUGCACCUCAUCAGGCAUUUGCUUUGGUGAAGGAAGGAAGCAAUGAGCAGUCCGAAAAAAGGUUUGUUGUCCAGGCGGCCGCCGUACAAGGGAUGACACGCUCUGGAAGAUGCUACAUUCCAGAAGAACUAACUCAGGAGACACGAAGAAAGGAGAACCAGAAAAGGCCGAUCACAGAAGGUGAGGCUGAAGAGUUUUGGCGAAGAAUGCAGCCUAAGGAGUAUUCCAUUGUCAAGCAUUUGGAGAAGACUCCCGCUCAAAUUUCUGUUUGGGCUCUAUUAAUGAGUUCUGAGUACCAUCGAAAAGCACUGUUGAAGGUACUUGAUGAAGCAUACGUGCCGACAGGAACAAGUGGUGAAAAUCUGGCCGCCAUGGUAAGUCAUGUCAUUGGGUGUCAUCAAAUCUCUUUCCGAGAAGAAGAGUUGCCACUCGAAGGGGUUAUGCACAACCGUGCCUUGUAUAUCACUGUCAAAUGCAGGGACAAGUUUGUAGCUCGAGUAUUGAUUGAUAAUGGGUCAGGGCUCAAUAUCUGCCCAUUAUCAACCCUGACUCAGCUAAAAUAUGAUAUAGGAAAAAUCCGUCAAAGCCGCAUGAAUGUAAGAGCGUUUGAUGGUUCGCAAAGAGAGACCAUAGGGGAAGUAGACUUGUGUAUCCAAAUGGGGCCUGCAGAAUUUGUCACUGAAUUCCAGGUGAUGGGUAUAUCUACAAGUUACAACUUAUUGCUAGGAAGACCAUGGAUCCAUGCUGUUGGAGCAGUUCCAUCCACAUUGCAUCAGCUUUUGAAGUUCAUCUGGGAGGACCAUGAAAUUGUCAUUCAUGGUGAAGGGAGUGACCGUAGGUACCCUGGUUUUUCCAUUCCAGUGAUUGAAGAGACUUCUCAGGGUACUGAUUUUCACAUGGUGGAGAUAAUGAAUGCUGCUUUUGAAGACACGACACUGCAAGUACCAAUGCCGCAAGUGUAUAAAAUGUUAGCUGUAACUAUGCUGAGAAGUGGUUUUGAACCUGGGCGUGGGUUAGGCAAGAAUUUGGAUGGCAUAUCCGAACCUCUUCCUAUACCACUUCAAAAUUUUCGAUUCGGUAUCGGUUAUGCCCCAACAGAGGAAGAAUUGUUUGAAGCAGAAACAAGGAAGAAACAUGACUGUGAUAUACCGAAGCCUAUUCCAGUAUUGUACCAGUCAUUUGUUGCUAAAACUUUAGAGCCUGAGAUUAAUGGUCUAGGGGAAGGGAUGGGAAGAUUGUUUGAUGAAGAAGAUUGUGUUGUGAUCUCGACAGAAUGCACAACAACACCCACCAUCCGAGAUGCCGGACCUGGAGAGAUGCUGCAGAAUUGGAUGGCCACUCCACUUAUGAUCCAUCGAAUGGCUUGUAAAAAUGAAUCUAAACCUGCCAAUGUCAUGACAUGUCACGAACACGGCGAACCAAGUAGGGUCGAUGACGAUGAGUGUGAAGAAUAUGAUGAGGAAACUAUGAUGCCUGAACACCUUACCGAGGACUUGAGGCAACUUGAAGACGAUAAAAAGCCCAAUCUGGAUGAAACAGAGACAGUAAACUUGGGAGAUGACGGGUCGAUCAGAAAAACCCGAGUCAGUGUUCAUUUGGCAGCAACAGAAAGAGAAGAAUUGGUCAAGCUGCUCAGACAAUACAUCGAUGUGUUUGCCUGGUCUUAUGAUGAUAUGCCAGGGUUAAGCACUGAUAUUGUUUCCCACAAGCUGCCUAUCAAUUCAGAGUACUGUCCAGUAAAGCAGAAAACUAGAAAGUUCAAGCCCGAUCUGAGUUUAAGGAUAAAAGAGGAGGUCAUGAAGCAGAUCGAAUCAAAAGUCGUUGAAGUGACCAAGUAUCCCACUUGGCUGGCUAACAUUGUUCCAGUGGCGAAGAAAGAUGGAAAAAUCAGGAUAUGCGUGGAUUAUCGGGAUCUCAACAAAGCAAGUCCGAAAGAUAAUUUCCCCUUGCCAAACAUCCACAUACUCAUCGAUAAUUGUGCUAAGCAUGAGCUGCAAUCUUUUGUAGAUUGCUUUGCGGGAUACCACCAGAUUCUAAUGGAUGAAGAAGAUGCAGAAAAAACAGCAUUCAUCACACCUUGGGGAGUCUACCAUUAUCGAGUGAUGCCGUUCGGCCUCAAGAAUGCUGGAGCCACUUACAUGAGAGCAAUGACCACCAUUUUCCAUGAUAUGAUCCACAAAGAAAUUGAGGUGUAUGUGGACGAUGUCAUCAUAAAAUCCCGCGAGAGUUCGGAUCACCUGACACACUUGGAAAAGUUCUUUAACAGGUUACGUAGGUAUGAUUUGAAGUUGAACCCAGCCAAAUGUGCAUUUGGAGUACCUGCAGGGAAGUUACUCGGAUUCAUAGUUAGCAGAAGAGGUAUCGAGCUUGAUCCUUCCAAAAUCAAGGCAAUUCAAGACUUACCUCCUCCAAAGACUAAGAAGGAAGUAAUGAGUUUUCUGGGGAGACUAAAUUACAUUAGUCGAUUCAUAGCUCAAUCGACGGUGAUAUGUGAACCCAUAUUCAAGUUACUACGAAAAGAUGCGCCAACCAAAUGGACCGAAGAAUGUCAGAAGGCUUUUGACACCAUCAAGAGUUACCUUUCGAAUCCACCAGUGUUGGUGCCACCACGUGCAGGUAGUCCUUUGCUAUUGUAUUUAUCCGUCUCAGACAAUGCAUUCGGGUGUGUGUUGGGACAACAUGAUGAGACCGGAAGAAAGGAGAGAGCUAUAUACUAUUUGAGCAAGAAGUUCACAUCCUAUGAGGCCCGUUACACCCUUUUAGAGAGAACUUGUUGUGCUUUGACUUGGGUUGCUCAGAAAUUGAGACAUUAUUUGUCGGCUUAUACAACACAUCUCAUUUCGAGGAUGGACCCGCUUAAGUACAUAUUUCAGAAAGCGAUGCCCACAGGAAAGCUAGCAAAGUGGCAAAUGUUGUUGAGUGAGUUCGAUAUUGUGUACAUGACUCAGAAAGCAAUCAAGGGACAAGCUUUGGCAGAUCACCUUGCUGAAAACCCAGUAGAUGAAGGAUAUGAACCACUUAGAACAUAUUUCCCUGAUGAAGAAGUAUUGUUUGUAGGGGAAGACAUAUCAGAAUCAUAUCCUGGGUGGAGAAUGUUUUUUGAUGGAGCAGUAAACUCUAUAGGAUCAGGAAUUGGAGCAGUGUUGAUAUCUGAAUCAGGGCAACAUUAUCCAGCAACAGCAAAGCUCAGAUUCCGAUGCACUAAUAACAUGGCUGAGUAUGAAGCAUGUAUUCUUGGCAUUAGAAUGGCUCUUGACAUGAAUGUUCAAAAAUUACUUAUAAUUGGUGAUUCAGACUUGUUGAUUCAUCAAGUUCAAGGAGAAUGGGCAGUGAAGAAUCCUAAAAUCUUACCAUACGUACAAUUGGUACAAAGAUUAUGCAAAAGAUUUAGGAAGACCGAGUUCAGACACACACCGAGAAUACAGAACGAGCUUGCUGACGCCCUUGCAACCAUAUCGUCCAUGAUACAACAUCCAGAAAAAAGUUAUAUCGAUCCAAUUGAGAUAGUCUUAAAAGAACAACCAGCACAUUGUUCACAUGUGGAAGCAGAAUGGGACGGGAAUCCAUGGUAUAUCGAUGUGAAAAAGUACUUAGAAGCUGGCGAAUAUCCGGAAAAAGCAACAAGUAUUCAAAAGAAAACAAUCCGAAGAAUGGCAAACAAUUUCUUCUUGAAUGGAGAAGUUCUUUAUAAGAGGACACCCGAUCUGGGAUUACUGAGAUGUGUGGAUGCUGCAGAAGCCACAAAAUUGCUUGAAGAAGUGCACGCUGGAGUGUGUGGGACGCACAUGAAUGGGUUUACAUUAGCAAAGAAAAUCUUAAGGGCGGGAUACUUCUGGAUGACUAUGGAAAAUGAUUGUGGUCGAUUUGUCCAAAAAUGUCAUAAAUGCCAGGUACACGGAGAUCUGAUCAAAGUACCACCCCACGAGCUCAAUACGAUGAGUUCCCCUUGGCCAUUUACAGCUUGGGGAAUGGAUGUUAUUGGACCUAUUGAGCCUGCCGCCUCUAAUGGUCAUAGGUUCAUUUUGGUCGCCAUUGAUUACUUCACAAAGUGGGUUGAAGCUGCUUCCUACAAAGCUGUGACAAAAAAAGUUGUGGCCGAUUUUGUUCGCAACAAUUUGAUAUGUCGUUUUGGAGUUCCAGAGUCUAUCAUCACAGACAAUGGAGCAAAUCUGAAUAGUCACUUGAUGAAAGAGAUAUGUGAACAAUUCAAAAUUACCCACCGUAAUUCAACUGCAUAUCGUCCUCAGAUGAAUGGAGCUGUAGAAGCUGCUAAUAAGAAUAUCAAGAGGAUACUGAGGAAGAUGAUUGACAACUACAAAUGUUGGCAUGAAAAUUUGUCUUAUGCUUUGCUAGGCUAUCGUACCACAAUCCGAACCUCAACUGGAGCAACUCCUUACCUAUUGGUAUACGGAACAGAAGCAGUGAUACCAGCUGAAGUUGAGAUACCAUCUUUAAGGAUUAUUCAGGAAGCUGGAGUGAGCGAUGCCGAAUGGAUUCGUGACCGAUAUGAGCAAUUGGCAUUGAUUGAUGAGAAAAGAAUGAGUGCCGUUUGUCAUGGCCAGCUGUAUCAACAGAGAAUGACUCGUGCUUUCAAUAAGAAAGUAAGAGUUCGAACAUUUGAGGUCGGCCAAUUGGUGUUGAAACGCAUUUUCCCUCAUCAAGACGAAUACAAAGGAAAGUUUGCACCUAACUGGCAAGGACCGUAUGUUGUCCACAAAGUACUAUCAAGAGGAGCCUUGGUUCUAGCGGAGAUGGACGGUCAGGUGUGGCGCAAAGCUAUCAAUUCAGAUGCUGUUAAGAGAUACUAUGUGUGA